UGGUAAGGGCCAUAGCACAUUAAAAAUGUAAGUAGUAAGUAAAAACCGUUAUUUAAAGAGUUGUGGUUUUUUUUAUCAACUAAAAUACCGAAUCUGGAACUGGAACAGUUAUUAAAUAUUUUUUUGAACCGUAACUGUAAAGCGAACCGAAAUAUCACAUCGGUCAUAGUCUCUGCUUACAUUGCAAUGUAUCUAAAUAUAUCAGAAAAGAAGAAACUUAUCUAAAAAAUAUUAGUGGACUUAUGGUAAAAAUAUUACUAAAAAAUAAUCUUUUAAAUUGUAAUUGUGACAUGUAUGAAUUUCUACAUUAUAACGAAGACAAAAUGCGUAACGAUAUAAAAAGCACACAGAUUCCAUUACACCUAACAUUUUCUCAACUUAAAGUUUUGCAAAGUCAAUUAACACAUAAUUUAUAUUUGAAUUUUUCUUAUAAUUGGUUAACGCAAAUGCCAAACUUGAAAAAAUUGGUAAAUAAACUUUCUGUAUCCUACAACAACGUAUCUAAUAUUUCUUUAAGUGGAUUAUCAACAACAUUAAAAGUUUUAGAACUACACAAUAAUAAAUUGUUAAGAAUACAUCCUAACGUGCUGAGGUUUUAG